AUGUCCCACGCUGAAGGAAUCCGUCAUGUCUCUGAUCAUGUGACAGAAUUCAGAUUAAUACAUGCAGAUGACACAUGGAGCAGACGGACUACAGACUGUGAAGAUGUGAAAGGACAACUCUCAGAUGCCAAACUCUAUGAGUCACCUACAGAACAUGGAGUUACCUGGAUGGUGGUCAGUCCCAUCAUCUUCACCUAUCGAGUCAUGCAAUGUGAAAGAUUACUGGACGCAAGCAAUGAUACCUUACUUUUUGGCCACAUCUUUAAUCCUACUGAGCUUCAAGCUCUUAAAACCAACAUCAACGGAAUAAAACGAUUCAUCGUAAUCGAUGAUACAGUUAACAAACUUUAUGGCUCACAGGUUGCAGCAUACUUUGAAGCAAGAAAUGUGAUUUACAAGAUCCUGCCUUUGCCAACAACUGAAGAGAACAAAUCUAUGCUACUCGUGACCAAAAUCUUGGAGGAGGUCCAUAAAUUCGGUAUUGAUCGUCGUACAGAGCCAAUCAUCGGCGGCGGCGGGGUAUGUCUUGAUAUUGUGGGUCUGGCCGCAUCUCUGUAUCGGAGACGUACUCCGUAUAUUCGUGUUCCUACUACUCUUUUGGCUUAUGUUGAUGCCAGUGUGGGGGCCAAAAAUGGAGUCAACUUUGCCAACUGUAAAAACAAGCUGGGGUCAUACGUACCCCCUGUGGCAACGUUCCUGGACAGGACUUUUCUGCGCACUCUACCACGCCGCCAUAUUUCUAACGGGAUGGCUGAAAUGUUGAAGAUGGCGCUGAUGAAACACAAAGGACUGUUUGAGCUUUUGGAGAAUGAUGGCAAACAUUUGUUGGACACCAGUUUCCAAGAAUCAGAAGAAACAAUAGAAAACAUGAAUAAAGAUGCAGCGAGAGUCUCUACUAGACUGGCCAUAGAGACCAUGAUGGAGGAACUCGCCCCAAACCUGUGGGAGGAUGACCUGGACAGACUGGUGGACUUCGGCCAUAUCAUCAGUCCAGAACUUGAAAUGAAAACACUUCCAGCGCUGCUUCAUGGAGAAGCUGUGAACAUAGAUAUGGCUUUCAUGAUUUAUGUAGCUCAUGAAACGGGCUUGCUGACGGCAGAGGAGAAAAGUCAUAUCCUAGUGUGUAUGAGGGGUCUAGAGCUCCCUCUGUGGCAUGUGGAUUGCACCGUGGACCUCAUUCAGAAAUCACUUGCUGAACGACUCAAACACUCUGCUGGACGUCUGAGGAUGCCUCUACCUACAGGACUUGGCCAAGCAAGAGGGUAA